UUCUCCUAACCUACGUAGCAACUCUGCAGGAAACAAGUCGUAUUACGACCCGCCAUUUUAUAUUAAGUUGUUUGUUUUAUGCUAUCUUAGCGUUAAAUUUAUUAAAAUAAAAAUUUAUUUCGUGUUGAUUGACAAGUGGUAGAGAUGCCACCAAAGGGAAGAAAAAUUUGCGUUGAUCUGGUGGGUCAAGUGCCAAAGAUUGAUGUGAUAGAACUAUCACUAAUUCCGAAGAAAGAUCAGCGGGUUGACAAUAUAACCUCUUUAAAUUGAAUAAAUCCUGAUACUACAAAGAAAGAAAAAUACCAAAUAAAGAUUCUGAAGAUUGGAUUUAAAGAAGACUUAGAGAAAGAAACUGUAACUACUGACGGCGAACUUCAUGAUCCCUCUCGCAAAAUUUUUCCGGCAAAUGUUCUAUCAAGUUGAAAAAAAAUCUUGCAAAAAUAAAAAGUUACUGGUCAGCCAAAAAAUGCUAACAAAAGAAGAACAGAUUUAAAAAUAAAAACUAACGAAGCAAUUUUUAAUGAUUUAAAAAAUAUUUCGCAACGUUCCCAGUCAUCUUCUAAAAGUUUACGAUCUAUUCAACCAUCUUUUUACAUCAUAUUGCAAUGCAAACAGUCAACCCAGUUCAUCUAAUGUUUUAUCAAUUCAUCGCCCCUGCAGUUCAGUUACCUCCAGCAUUAUCAGGAAAUAAUUCGAAUUUUAAUAAUUCCAAACUGAUACAAAAUAUUCCAAUAAGUUUGAAUAAGGACUCGUCACCCAUAGUAAUACAAUCAACUUUAGAUUCAAAAAAUGUUGAAAAAAUCUUCAAAUCAACAACACAGUCUUGACAUCUCAGAAGAUAAAGAGAAUACACCUAGUGGUGGCAGUGACGAAGAUAUAUUGAGCCAUGACGAUGACUCUGAUGGAAAUGAAGAAAUAUUUUCAAGAAUAGAAUUGGGAAAAGUUACACAAAGAGACAUAUACUUUCAAGAACAAUUGUUGAAAGCCAUGAAAAGGAAACAUGCAAGUCAAAUGAAAACGGAUGUUCAUUCAGAUAAGAGAAUUCCAGUUGCGCAGCAUUAUUUUGAAAAAGGAGAAUCAAACGAUAAAGUUGAGUUAUCUCCGAAUUCUGGCAUUUACUUGUCUCGAUCUCGUGCAUCAAUUAUAGAAAUAACUGCCACAAAAAAUGAUUGGAGAUCCAUGGUGAAAGAAACGCUUUUGGAAAUAUAUGGAUCUAGCAUUGCAAACUAUAGUGCAAAAGGAUUGCGAGGAGAACACCCAGCUAUAGAUUUCGAUGUUUUCAAAGGAUUAUUUGAAUGGGUUAAUAGAAAAUUUGAUAACAAGGUUACUAACAAAGUAUAUACCAAAUAUAUCAAUAAAGUUGCUGAAAAUAAAAGAAAUUAUAAAGCAAAAACUACUUGGACUUAAAAAGUAAAUCUAUAAAUAAAAUUAAUGUCUCCGAUAGUAAAUACUGUGCGACAAAACAUCACAGUCAUACAGUUACGUCUUUAGAAAAUAAUGAAGCUAUCAAUUUUCCUGAGAUCAACAAUCAACGAGUAUCUAAAGAGAUACAAGGAAAUGUGAUUAUAAAUGAAUCAGACUCUGCACUAGUUCAAGCAAAGCUUCCUAGUGGAUCUGAGCACUCUAGUAGAUGUCAAUUGACAUUGUUUCCUGUUGAUUAUUCUACUAGACAAGCAGAAUCUUCUGAUGGAAGUCAUUCAGUUACACCUAUUAGCCCACCAUUAUCAACUCCGAAUGAGUAUCAAGAAAACUCUAAAACCAAUCAGCGACACUCAUUAGUUAAUCAAACAAUACCUCUUAAUAAUUCUCAUAACAAUAUAAGUAAACAAAUACCUAUGAACUAUUAUGGAUGGGUAGGAUCACAUCACGAAAAAAUGCAAGAUUCAUCUACUAGACUACCUGCGAAUUUCGGUUGAGCACAGUCUUCUGAUGUAUCUCAUGCACCAUCAGGAAAUAUUAAUUGGGAGACUUCGCCUACUCAAUUUAGUUCAGCAAUAAGAACUAAACAACCACUAAAUGCUGAUAAUACAAAUGAAUUUUAUUCAUCAACUCAUCCAAAUCCAUCGUUGACGUUUUCUGGAGAAUUAAACGAUUUUUAGCAGAUAUACGGAUCCAUAUUAUUCAUUAAACCCAUUUAAAACUCCUGAUAACUUCCAGAAUUAUCACAACAGUAAAAUGAAUACUGAUGAACACAUCAGUGAUUGCGAAUCACAAUCUAGUACUGAAAGUGACGAUGGGAUAAAUCGUCUCAUGCCUUUAUGAGUUCUUGAUCGACGGUGUUACCCGAGCAAGACGACCGAGUUAUUUUCUGCAGCUAUCAUUCAAAGACAUAUUUUAUCUACUACUAUUUGUUGAUUAAUAAGUAAAUUUAUAAAAAUGCAUACUUAAAUCAAGAAUAUGCAAUAUUUAAAAAUAUGGUUCUUGAAUU